UUUCUGACGGCGUAUAAAGGUUGUUUAAAUUCAUUCAUGUUUCGUUUAUUGAUUCUGGCCGUUAUUUUUUGAUCGUUUUUGCUGUUGAUCAAAUAAAGAUGCAAUCAAAACAAAGAAUUCGAUUGGCUCCAAACGAUGAAAAAUUGUUGGAAAAACGUGGUUUCAAAAUUGGCGAACCAUUAAAUAGUGGAAGUUUUGCCUGUGUAUGCCGUGCAACAUACAAAGGGGAGCCAAUCGCUGCUAAAGUGAUAGAUUUGGAAAAAACAUCAGAAGAAUAUCGGUUGAAAUUUUUGCCACGUGAAAUCUAUACAAUGAAAAAACUUAAACAUCCAUAUCUUAUCGAUAUAAUGGACAUACUGGUCGUGGGCAAUCGAGUAAUCGUUUUCAUGGAACUGGCAGAAGGUGGCGAUUUUCUUGAUCUACUUCAUCGGACUAAAGCUUUGCCCGAAGAUCGUGCACGAUAUUUUUAUCUUCAAUUUGGGGAUGCUUUGCGUUAUAUGCACUCGUUGGGAUUUGCACAUCGUGAUAUCAAAUGCGAGAAUAUUCUAUUGAAUCGAGCUAAAACCAUUUCGAAAUUGACUGAUUUUGGCUUUGCACGCACCUGUUUUGAGCGUAAUUCUGGCCAACGAAUGCUUUCCGAUACAUAUUGUGGUAGCACAGCAUAUGUUGCGCCUGAAGUGCUACAAUCACAGCCAUAUAAUCCUUUGAUAAGCGAUGUAUGGAGCAUGGGUGUCGUAUUGUUCGUGUUGGUUAGCAAUCGAUUACCAUUUACUGAUCGAGACAAUAAAGAAUUGUUAAAAAGUCAAAUGGAUCGUAAAUAUCAAUUCAAUCGAAACCUAUCACCACAGAUUAAAGAUUUAUUAAAUCAACAUCUGAAUCCUAAUCCAUCAACACGGAUUAACAUGAAUGAAGUUUUACAUCAUGAAUGGUUUGGAGUAGCAAGGCAAGAUUCAUCUAGUGAAUCAUCAUCAUCAUCAAGUCAUACGGCUACCGGUCAAGAUGAUUAGAAAAUUUGUGAAAAUUGCAAUGAAACAAAAAUUAAACUAUAGAUAGAUCAAUA